UUCUGUGGAGCUGUCCAUUUCAGCACCUCCUGUAAUUUCAAGAUCACCUCAGCAGCUAUAAUGAUUCAGAAUGAAAACAAGCAUUAGUAAAUUCAUGUUCUAUGAGAAAUCAAUUUCACGUAAACGAUUGACUGUAUUACUGACGGUUCUUUAAAAUUAUUUCCUCUUGCGCGCUCAACAGCUGCCAGUUCAGCACCACACGCGCGCGCAUUCUGCACAGCCAGAGCACCCCAGCGCGUGCAGGCUGCUUACACUAAAUGACGCUGGCUUUUUCUUCAGCUUUCUUCCGGAUCAAUAUAAGCAGCUACUGAUAUGAAAUUAAUACCGAUGCAAUACAAGAGCACUAUUGUUUCAAAUAACAUUCGGAGAAAAAACUAUUCCUCUGAAAUGUAAUCACUGCUCGACAAGGAUCUGCAGAAACCUCCAGACCAUUUGUGUAACCUGCCUCAACCUCUGGCCUCAUCUCCUCCAGUUGAUGGGUAGUGAGGGGUGGUAGAGAUGUUCGUCUCUGUGACUCUCCAUCGCCUCCUUCUGACCGCAGCCUGCGUGUGCGUCCCCGGCUCCCCAGCGCCGCCCCUCCACACGCACGCAUCCUCCUCAGAGAACAGGGACUGCGGUGGACCAUGCGUCGCCAUGGCCACCACUGGUAGCUCCAUCUCAACACACGGUCUUCACUCUGAGCCCUCAGAUGGCGGGAAGGAGACGACUGGGGUGUCUAAGCAUGUGACUACGAGCUGGAUUGACCUAUCCCAGAAUGUGGAGGCAGAGGGAGAGGCCGGCCCAGACGGGGGAGAGAUGGGACUUGAGGGAAUAACUUCAGUCAAGCAGACGGGAAAUGAGGACAGCCGUGAAGGAAGAUCUGGGACGAGCAAGGCUGGGGAGGAGAAUGGGGAGGAGGCUGGGGAGGAGGCUGGGGAGGAGGCUGGGAAUCGGAGGACUUGGGCUGAGACGAAGGCUGGCACCGAGAGCUUGUCGAAGAGGGAAGAGACACAGACAGAGACUCGUGUCGAGAGGGGACCAGGACCAGGUGGGGACAUCAUGGACAACAUACCUGCCACCAAGCUAACAUCCAUGCAAGAAGAACAGGGAAUGAGAAGGGGUAUGACUGCACAGGGAGCAGUGUGUGAAUCUGCCGCCUCCUCCACACUCUCACCAAAGUCGGUGCCUCUCAGCCAGACAGAGAGUGAAGUGGCUGGGGAGACGAAGGGCCCUGUGCUGGAGAACAGCUCAAACAUCUUUGGAAGAGAAGAGAGGAGCAGACCAAGCUUGUCCAGCCUGGGACCGCCUCUUCAAGAUGCAGACAUGACAAGGCCAUCAUAUAUAGACCAUGUGGGUUCCUCAGGUUCGGGUCAGAAAGGUACCGCCCUGACGGCAUCUCAGCAGAUCCCCAUCUCCUCUUCUCUGACCUCCAACCCUGACUCAAUGUGGGCCGAGGAGGAGGUGACUGUCCCCUCCCUUCCAGAUCCCCUCCUGCCCGAUCUUGGAACAGUCCUGACCUCCAGGCAAGAAGGCCCAGAUAGCCUCUGGACUGAACCACUGCGGCAAAUUGUAGAGGACACGGUGGCACCUUUGUCCCAAGACGUGGCCACAGAAGGAACCAUGUCGUCAGAGGACCUUCCUCUCAUCUUCGAGCCAUUCGACGAUGUCACACCAGAGGGGGCGUUGCCGUCCGCCACUCUUUUUCCUGGUGACUCCCAGACACUUGCUGCCACGGCAACCGGAGGUAUGAUGCUGUCAGAGGCGGAGCUUGACCAGCUGGUCACCGUUGAUGCCGACAGUGAUGGCCCGUCACAUGCCCCAUCUCUGCUGAUGCCGGACUGGACAUCACCAUGGCAAAUAUCAGGAGCGGAUAUCUCGGAGCCAAUCAGCCCCUCAGUGGGCGGAGACACAGCCCGUGACCUUGGAGACACCCUGCCCACUUCUGGACCUUCCUCCUUCUUCUCAUCAUCCAUCCAGACCCCCGUGGCAACGGUCACCACGGCAACCGACCACCCAACUGCACCCAAACUCAGGUCUGGGCUGGAGGAACUGGAGUCAGAAGAGGAGCACGACGAAGACGAGGAGGAUGACAACGCGGAAGAAUCCGAGGAGGAGAGCCAGGAGGAGCUGGUGGAGUGUUCCAUACCGGCUCCCACACGCCCCCCUUUCAACCUCAUCCCCCCACCUCCCGUCUGGGUGCAGCGAAAUCAGGGACUCAUGCGUAGCUGGGUAGAACUGAUCCGGGAAAAGGCUGGAUACGUGUCUGGGAUGUUGGCUCCUGUAGGCAUCGGCAUAGCAGGGGCCCUGCUAAUUGUGGGAGCCCUCUACAGCAUCAGGAUGAUCCACCGCAAGAGGAGGAACAGCUUCAAGCACCAGAGGAGGAAGGCCAGACAGACAGAGCAACCCCGAGAACCAGGCAGCAGCCGCCAGGACCAAGCCAUGCUAUUGGCUGACAGCUCCGAGGACGAGUUCUGAUUGGCGGUUAGAGCAUUGUGUCUGUGACCAAUGCUGAGCUGCGCCGACAGGAGCCAACAUUUCCAUCUCCAUGACUACGGCAUCUCCAAUCACUCUGGGGUGUUUUGGUUGUGACUCAUCUGUUCUGGAGAGCACUCGACAACGCAGGGUGAAGUUGCACACACUGAUCUCAGGUCAGUUUUGCAUUGUCCACUUACCAUGUCCUGUAGGUGUUAUGGUGGGGGUGAUAAACUGAUCCCAGGUCUGUGACCAGGAGCAUUACGAGGGGCCAUGUACCUAAAGGGCUCGAAAAGACACCUAACAUAGCAUUAACACUCUGUAAAUACUGUACAGUAUUAAUGUAGCUUACACGGAAGUCAAUCUUAUUCGUGGCUUUCCUUGUCUAACUAUGAAUGAUCUUGGAGCAAAUCUAAGGAGUAUUAUAUCCAUACAAAUGACAUACUUCGUUGACACUGACUAACAAUGCGUUGUGUGUAGUACCCGCUUGCAUUAGGCAGCAAUGUAAAUGAUUCAAUGAAAAUACAGUUGUCAAUUCAAGCUUGUGUGUGUUGCCAUCCUCUCUGAGCAUGCAGCUGAAACCAGUUUGUCGACGUACCUACUACUUGUAAACUAUCACCUUUUUGUGUUGCUGUCGUCAAUACCUUUCCCUCUCCCAAGUGCUUUGCAAACAACCUCAUCACUGUUCUCAAGCUGAAAUGCAUCAUGGAGCACGUUUGUCAUAGGUCAGGUCACUUAUAAGCUAGUAAAAUUAGAGAACACAGGAAGCAAUCACAUCUACCCAUAAACACAACUUCUUCCACUUUGUCUCUCAGUUAUUGUUAGCUAACCUAGCUAACGCUACUACUACUCGCAUCCGUUCAUUGCUAGCUACUUUUACUGUGUGAGUUAGAUAAACCUUACCUUUGUAAUGGUCGAUAUAGCUCAAAACAUACAAUUUGAACCCCUUUUCCUUCUAGCUUGAAGGAGGGCAACAUGGAAUCCCAUGCACAUCGUUAAUUGUCAUUUUGGCAAGCUAACCCAAAUUCCUCAGAAAAAUAUUGUUAGCGGAACAAAGUGCUAGCUACUGGAAGCUGUUGACUUGGCUUAUGCAAUAUGCAGAAGUAAUGCAUGCAUAGUAAAUUGGGGUGGGUGGGGGCUACAAACAACAUUACAAUCGUAAUUAUUGGCAUUUUGUUCAUGAGGAGUUAAAGGCAAAAUGUCAUAAAAAAAUUAGAUUAGUAAGAAUUUUUAAAAUCAUUCACCAACAGUAUUCAUAAAUAUGUUUAUAUAAUUGUCAUCGUUUAUUUUCAUUGGUUUAGCGGCCCACCUGCAUUACUCUAAUGGACCACUAGUGGGCCUUGGCCCACAGGUUGGGAAUUGCUGUGCUACUGUGAUGCUUAACUUAAAAAAAACUUUUUAAAACUUUAUAAAAAAUACGUUUUUCCUUUAUUUAACCAGGAAAAGGACUAAGAUUAAAAAUCUAUUUUACAUUUUAAUUUACAGACUAGCAAUACAUAUUAAUUAGCUACUGUAGGUUAUAGUAUUCAGCAGAAUCUUAUUUUAUGUCUUUUAUGUUUCCUUCACGUUCAAUGUUCCUUGCAAGAUUUCCGUAGUAGAAAACAAGGCUGUUUCAAGUGUCAAUUUAUGUGAUCACAUAUGCUUACAAUAUUGAUCUUGAUAUUACCAGUAUAUUAACAAACUGCCUGUGCAUAAAAUACUGUAUAAUGUAUGUGUGCAGUACCAUGUGAACAUAAUGAAGAUGUCUUUCUAUAGAUCUUCCUAAUGUGGAAUGUUCUCCAAUAAAGAUGUCUUUUAACCCAAGAUACAUAUUAAUGAAUUGUGUGUGUAUACUUUGCCAAGUACACUUGCUUCCAGUGAAAUGUGUUACAUGCAUGCUUAGGAAAACAAUACAACCAGACCACCAACAGUCACUCAUGACAAUCCACUUUACAGCAUUAAAAAAAUCAAAUAAUUUAUUUCUGUGUUCUUUUUUUCCACAUUAAAUAAAAGAUAUUGUCGGACAUUAUCAGAUUGAAAUCAAAGGAGGAGACGGGAAGAGGGACAGGGUAACAGACCUCUGACAUGCAAAACCCCCUUCUCUUCCCUUAGUACACUUGACAGAUGGGUUCAGGGCUGCCCCCUCCCUCCUGGGGCCUGCCCUAGACCCUGCUGCCUGGUCCUGGCCACAGUGAGUUAGCGAGAAGCAGCCGAUCUAUUCAGUCCUGUGUUGGCUCUCAAGAAACAGGCCCCGUUCUCAGGAGCCUGAAGGGGAGCAUCCAAUAAAAAGAUUGAAAACACUCGAUGGUGGAAAGGCCCAAGGGAGGGGUUGGAUCUGGGACAGGAGGCAAUCUAUUGGACGCUGGCUUGCCAGGACCAAUAGAACUCAAGUCUCUCACUGGCGUAUGACAGAGCUACGACAUCUGAACUGUGGAGUGGCUUGUCAAGUCAUCUAAUAACCUACUGUUUUGAAGGUCAAGAGUAUCCUUCUAAUAAAGUCGAUCCAAACACGGCCAAGGCUAUAAAACAGAGUGAUGACAAAGCCCUUCAACUGGUGUUCGUGGUCAAAGCUCAGUUGUUUUUUGGGGCCUUACACAGCAGGCUGUAAUGCCCAUAUACCUACUGGCACUGCCAGGAACUCGCACUGUGAAAACUAGCAGGGAGGGUCGGUAGCAAGGACUUGUCCAGAACAAUACUAAUAUCGUGCCCCAAUAGUCUGGUGUCCUGACACCAUCUUCUCUUCUGACGAGCACUCAUGGCAAAGAACUGGAGGGGUACGACCAAUAUGGUGGAUACCUUUCCCUGUCCUUGCAAGUAUCAAUGAUUAUCAUGAAAGGACCAUAUUGGGUUACAGGAAAGGAUCAGAGUCCAUCAUACCUUUUUCAAUGGGACUGGACUAGAUGUAAUUGUUUUUCAGAAAAGGGUACAGUUUUUCAUCAAAAGGAUCUUCUCAAUGACUUGUUUCCCCUUAUCGACUCUGAAAUCUCACCCUAGGAAAUCCUAGCAAGAGAGCAAAGCCUUAAGGUUCAAUCCUGCGUCAGCACAAUGAAACUCACGGAAAGAUACCGGAGUGGUUGAUUGUAAGUAUCAAGCACUUCCAGGUCUUGUCAUGAGAUCAUCAAUCCCCACUUCCUCAAUCUCAUCCUAGCCAUACCACUGGAUGGGUCCAAAAAUUAGCAGAGAAAAGAAA